GUUCAGCUUGACAAGGCGCUGCCGAGUCUUGACAACAAAACACAAAAAUUGCCUCACGUAAAAAAAAAAAAAAAAAAACCUAUGCAGCUAAAGAUCCACCACCAUGGCGUCUUAAAGCGGUGGACGAAGACGCGGUUCCAUGCUCGGUAGGUGACCGGAGCCAGUCGACCCUCUCCCCGUUGAGUCCGCGGAAAACACGGACGCUGGAGAAGCUACAAUGAGCUCGGAGCACCAGAGCGACAGCGAGGACGCCGACGGGUCGCAGGAGAGGCCCAACAGCGGCAGCGACAAAGAGGAAGACCCCGACAUCGACGACUCGGACGUGGAGGAUGACAUCGCUCCGGUACGGUCACCCCCACCGCCGGGACGCAGCGUGGACCGGCCGGAGCGCGGUGCAGGGUCUCCGGCGUCGGAGGAGGGAGAGCCGGGGUGUAAACCGGCCCCGCAGCCGGAGCUGGGGAGCGGCGGGGACCCCUGCACCGACGGCCGCAGGGGGAACAGCUUGUUUUCUUGGCUGCAGAGCAGGACAAUAAGACGGGGGGUGUUUGUGGACCCGGCUCGGGAUAACUUCAGGACAAUGACCAGUUUGUACAGCUCCAUGAAUCCGGCUGUGGAGUCUGUGAACCUGAGCACUCAGACCCACGGAGCGGUGUUCAACCUGGAGUACUCCCCGGACGGGUCUGUGCUGACUGUGGCCUGUGAGCAGACCGAGGUCCUGCUAUUUGAUCCUAUCUCAUCCAGACACAUCAAAACCCUGACCGAGGCCCACGAGGACUGCGUCAACAACAUAAGGUUUUUGGACAAUCGUUUGUUUGCCACCUGCUCCGACGACACCACAAUUGCAUUAUGGGAUCUACGUAAACUGAACUCAAAGGUUUGCUCGUUGCACGGCCACGCCAGCUGGGUGAAGAACAUCGAGUACGACACCAACACUCGUCUCCUCGUCACGUCUGGCUUCGACGGCAACGUCAUCACGUGGGACACUAACAGGUUUACAGAGGACGGCUGCCCGCACAAAAAGUUCUUCCACACCCGCUACUUAAUGAGGAUGCGUCUGACACCCGACUGUUCCAAGAUGCUCAUCUCCACUUCCUCGGGGUACCUGCUCAUCCUCCACGACCUGGACCUCACCCAGUCCCUCGAGGUGGGCAGCUACCGCAUGCUGCGAGCGAGACGGACGCCACUCAGCUCAGAUGGAGGCACAUCAGCGUCCAGGUCAGCUGGGACUCCUCGCCAGGGAAAUGACUCCAGCAAGAUCCACCCUCACCGAGAAGGUCUUUCUCCCAGAAACAGCCUGGAGGUUUUGACUCCAGAGAUCCCUGGAGAGAGAGACAGAGGGAACUGCAUCACCUCCCUGCAGCUCCACCCUAAAGGCUGGGCGACGCUCAUCCGGUGCUCCAGCAACAUGGACGACCAGGAGUGGACGUGUGUGUAUGAGUUCCAGGAGGGAGCGCCCACCCGCCCGCUGGUCUCCCCCCGCUGCUCCCUUCGCCUCACCCACUACAUCGAGGAGGCCAACGUUGGCAGGGGCUACAUCAAAGAGUUGUGCUUCAGCCCGGACGGACGACUCAUCUGCUCCCCGUAUGGCUACGGCGUCCGCCUGCUGGCUUUCGACGAGAGCUGCGGCGAGCUGGCCGACUGCCUCCCAGUCCAGACCAGCUGCCUCAGGGAGAUCCGCUCCAUCUACUCGCACAGCGACGUGGUGCUCACCACCAAGUUCUCCCCGACACACUGCCAGCUGGCCUCGGGCUGCCUCAGUGGACGCGUUGCCCUUUACCAGCCCAAGUUCUAGCAACCUGCGCUGUCAAAGAACGAUGCACUGCAGACCUGGGUGGAGAAGUGCUAAUCAGGGUUCCUGUGCAGAUCUAGAAAUGUGUCGAAGAAGAAUACAGUUUCUAUGAUUUUAAACUCCUAACACUUAAAAUCUGUAGAUUUUUGUUGUGCAAAGGCUGUAUCUGCUUUGUAAAAAGGCCUUCUUGGUAUCCUUUGGUAUAGAUUAUAUCAAAACUAUCAAAGGAAAUUCAAAUUUUUCCAAAAAUCUGAAUCUUUGGGAACCCUGAAUAACAUUUCCUAACAUUUGUUUUAAAGUGCUUUAGUGGACCGGAUAGGUGGGUGUUACUGCAUGCAGAUAUUUUAAAAAGUCUGACGGUAUAAAUGGAAUAUUGUGAUUUUUCUGGACCCUCUGCCAGACAAUCUGCAUGGAAAACUCCACCUAUCUGGCACCUAAAAGGAAUAGAACAAACCUUAAAACAUAUUUUCGGUACUUCUCGACCCAGAUCUGUAGCUGUGAAAAAAGAGUGUUGACAGCUACUGUUCUGAAAAAAAUAAAAGGAGAAGACUUCAGCUGUGACCCCUUUGUCCAGGCUGCACUAGUGGAGCCUGUCUGACCAUGAACUUUGAAAAAAAAAAUGGAGAAAACAGACAAACUUUGAGGCAACAAAACGAAAAAGCAUCAUUGGGUUUUGCAAACAAGACUCCAUCCAGACUGAGGAGUUCAAACCUUGAAGCUCUGAUCAUUAAAUCAAAAGCUGCAACAUCCGUCAAAAACAAACUCUGCAGCUCGUCUGUGGCUCUUUUUUUUCAUACUAAAGAUUAAUUUUGGUCUCUAUAGCAGUAGAAAACUUAUUUUGAGACUCCAGAUGUUGCUGUCUCGGGACAAAAACACUAAGGAUGCAAACAAACAAACAAACGGAUAUUAAUCCAUCAAUUCUAACGAGACAAACAAGAAAACAGGCGCUUGUCUCCGUCGUCUGCGCUGUCGUUGAUCGUCUUUGACACGGCGUCCUCCGCUGCGGAUCGUGUCACUCUCAGCUGCUCCGCUCUGCUCAUGCCUUUUUCCACAGGUGCUGCUUCUCUGCUCAUACAAUCUGAACUUUGACCCCCGACUUCAAGGACCUCAUUGUCGACGCCUUUCCCAUUUACCUACCUGUCACUUUUUUGUUCUCCGUCUCCACCCUGUUUCCGCCUUCAUGGUCCUUUAGCGGUUUAGGUUUUUUAGUGGUUUUAUUGGUGUAUUAAUGUCGGCACUACUAGUUCACGUUGUUUGAUUCGUUUGAUUCUAACGUUCACUGUUUGAUCAUUGAGGCCGCUUUAGGAUUCACUUCUGCUUUCCCUGCACAGUUUUUGAGUUUUUAAUCUUAAGUCUGUGAGUGGAAACUUGCAAACUUGCUGUCUGGACAAUAGAAGCCGCCAUCGCUGUCUCAGACAUUUUCCAGACCCACUUUCUGUACAAACUACUAUUGCAACAUACUUUAGUGAAGGAAAAUACUAUUUACAAUUUCAUAUUUCUUCUCUAAAAGAUAAGACUGGCAUUAUUCUGUAUUGUUUUUUUGUUUUUUUUACAUACAGCACAGUAUGCUGUGGCCCAAGCCCAUUGGUUCCAACUGAAAACAUAAAUGUUAAGUAAUUUCCUGAAAGAGCUGGCCACUGUAGUUUGUAGAAAACGUUACUCAAACAGGAGUAAAUGGAGAAGUUGUUGGGACUACUUUCAGUCGCGGAGUAAUACACAAUUCUAGUUCAUAUUUGCAGCAGUUUAUAGUAAUGAAGGAACAUUACAGUGGAGCUCUAUGGUACAGAGGAUUAAGAUAUAUCAGUAUUUAGCCACACAGAUAAUAAACGUUGGUAGAGUCCAUUCAUAGUUGGUUUUGAACUGAGCCCCUAAAGUCCCCUAAAGUGAUUAAUUCAUAUAAUUAUUAAUUAUGGGAUGAUAAUAACUUUCCUUGUGUGAACAGGAUAAUAACUUGUGCACAAAAGCUAAAAAAAUUUGACCUUAAGGGACUUUUGGGGCUCCAUAGUUUUGGUCUUUUCGUGGGAUUCCUUGAUGCUAAAAAAAAUAUAUAUAUAGAAUAUUGCCAGCCUCUUUAAUUACCUUGUUGACUAUUUUGAACUUAUGGCAGAAGAAGUUUUUGCCUCAGCAUCGUUCAUUUAACCUUUUAUAGGACAUUGUUGCCAAGAAACAUUUCAUUUGAUUGUUUUUCAACCUUGUACCUCAUUUUGUUGGUUUCUGAAGAGUGUUGAUCCACAUCAGUGUUUUGAAUUUGUUUCCUCCAUCACAUCCAGUUUCUCAUUCUUACAAUGUCGUCAUAAAAGGUGACCAAUCAGGUUUUUUCCUCUCUAAGGAGCAAAUGGAUUGCUUUGACUGUUGUAGUAUCGGCAAUGCUUUUGUGUUUUCAACCACUGUAGUAUAGCUGCUCUAAGAGCCAAGCCUGGGUGUUAAACCUCACUGUAAACUGGUUACAGUACAUACCGACCGACUGCAGAAUAGAUAUUACGUGAACAAAAGAUAGACAUUAGCGUAUACUACUAUGCAUACCAGCCUUUAUGAAGAUUCUCCUUUCUUAUUUAUACGGGGGCGAUGCUCUGUGUGGAGCCGUCAGAUGCCAAAACGUGUUUUUUGCUUGGACAAGGUAGUGCGUCUCCUCUGUAGUGAGAUGUGAGCUGAGAAUUUAAAGUGAACAUCUGCAAAUUAUGGAUUAAAAAAAUGUGUCAAAAGCUUACAUUUUUAAAUAAUUGCUUGACGUUACUGGAAAUACGCUUAUUCACUUUCUUGCCAAAGGUCAAGUGAACAGAUUGAUACUUGUCUCGUAUUGGUCAGUUGAAUAUGAAGCUACAGCUAGCAGCCGGUUAGCUCAGCUUAGCACAAAGGCUGCAAACAGGGAAAACGGCUCACCUGACUGAAGGUCAUUAAUUAACAUAUUCUUAGUUUAAUCCAUAUUAAAAAUUAAAAAAUUGCAGUUUAUGGUUAUGUAACAGACUAUUUCUUGGCUGGGACUAGCAACUCCCUGGAGUUUCUGCAGGUUGCCUGGCAACCAAACAACAAAAAAAUAGUCAGAGACAUAAUCCUCAUAAAAUGGCAUCUUAUUGUUCUGUUUAUUCAGUUAUUUAAUGAGCUUUGUGUGUGCUGGUAGGUGCUGUUAGUCAAAGCCAAGCCAGCCGUUUCCACUUUGUGCUUAGCUAACCAGCUAACAGGCUAACCGGCUACUUGCGGUAGCGUCAUGUUAUUUGUUUACACAUGUGAGUGGUUAUCAGUCGUCUCAUCUAACCCACCGCCAGGAAGUUAAAUAAGCAUAAAUAAGAAUUUAUGUGAAUUAAUAUUUGAAAAAAAAAAAAAAAAAGGAAGUUGUCUGAACAUAGAUGUGAUUGAAUAAUUCCCAGCUCACAACGUGGUCCUGUAUGUACUGAGGAAGGAUGCUUUCAACACUUUGUACCUCAGUUAACUGCUCAAAAUGUGCGUGUUUCACCAAAUGGGGUUAAUUUUACUUUCAGUUCAGUCAAUUCUGGGACUUUUUUCCACCUCUAGAAUAACUCGUUUUCCAAGUUACAGACAUUAAGAAACAAUCCAGAACCAUUACACUAUUUAACUGUUAAAUUUAUAGUUGUUUUUUUUAAUUGACUGAGCUGAAGGUUAAAGGACCAUCCAUGCUGUAUAUUCAAUGCUGCUUUUAUUUCACUUAUAUUCACAAGCUCUUCGGAGAGAAGUGUCUUAUCUGCCAUUUUUCACUUCAGGUAUAGCAACUAAAAAAAAAAAAAACUGGGUUCAUUUUUAUGGAUUUGUUCUUUUUUUGGGGGGUUGUUUGUUUUUGGUCAGUCCUGUCCUUGGUUUUAACCUGUGUCCUGUUGUGGAUUAAUUGAAUGUUCUCAGUAGUUCUGGUGUUAACCUGUGCACCAUCACCUCAACUGAUCACAGGUGGAGGAGGGGUGGACAAGAGACGGAAAACGUGUUGAAUUGCUCGCACUGUUGUUUCCUAAAUGGCUAUACACAGCAAUGAAUCCCAACAAUGAAACUAAAAUGGUACUUAUUAUCACUGAAAUAAAAUGGUUAGCUUCUUUUUGCA